GUGGCAUUUGUGUGUGUGUGCGUGUGCAAAAUCAGUGUCUUUGAAAAAAGCAGAAAACUGAUCAAAGAGCCACAAAACUACAAAGUUCCUAUUUUACACAAUUCGUGUCCCGUGUUCAGCAUAAAAGUGGCCAAAAUUCGACGAAAACAGCGCAAGUGUGAUAAAACCAACGUGCCACAGCCGUCUGCAAAACGAACGAAAACAAAAGAGAACAGUGUUGAUAGUACGACAAGCAUUUUAAGCAGUGGCAGCGGCAGCGGUAGCAGCAGCGGCGCCGGCAGUAGAGCCAGCAGCGGCAAUAACAACAACAACAGCAAGCGCGCAUACGCGUCGUUGGGCCGGGGAGCGGCCGACGUUGUACCUGAAGUUCGUUUACUCCCAACAGCAGCAACAACAACAACCACUCGAGCAGCAGCAGCGGCGGCGGCAGCGGCCGCAGCAGCAACAACAAAAGCAGCAACAACCACAGAGGCAGCUGCCGGCCGGUGUCCGGCUAACGAAACUGUUGUUAGCGGUGGGCGGGGCGGUGGGGGUGUCGAAGGCGCACAGCUAACAAAGGGGCCGCUGAAUGCGACGCAUUUGUCGCUACCCGUUUGUUUGCGCACCGUGCAAAAGCUUGCCGCUGAGCUCGACGCGAAAGGCGACGUCAGCGUCAGCGUCAGCAGUGACGUCGACAGCGACGUUAACGUUAACGUCAUGUCGGAAACGGGCUGCCGGCACUAUCAGAGCUACGUAAAGGAGCACAGCUACGAUACCUUUCGUGUUAUCGAUGCCUACUUCGCUGCCUGCGUCAACAAGGAUGCGCGUGAGAAAAAGGCCAUACACUGCAAUUGCUUCGAGUGCGGCAGCUAUGGCAUCCAGUUGUACGCCUGCCUGCAUUGCAUCUACUUUGGCUGCCGGGGUGCUCACAUUACCAGCCAUCUGAGAGCCAAGAAACACAAUAUUGCAUUGGAGCUGUCGCAUGGCACGCUUUACUGUUAUGCGUGUCGUGAUUUUAUAUACGAUGCACGCAGUCGUGACUACGCCAUAAUCAAUCGCAAGCUGGAAGCGAAGGAUCUGCAAAAGAGCCUCGGCUGGCAGCCAUGGAUACCGACACCCAAGGAGACGAAUCUUCUGCUGGCCAAUGCCCGUCGGCGUCUGGUGCGACCAAAUCAAACGAUUGGGUUGCGAGGCUUGCUCAAUCUGGGUGCAACCUGCUUCAUGAACUGUAUUGUCCAGGCACUGGUGCACACGCCGCUGUUGAGCGACUAUUUCAUGUCUGAUCGCCACGACUGUGGCAGUAAAUCCACACACAAGUGUUUGGUAUGCGAGGUGUCGCGUCUUUUCCAGGAGUUCUAUUCGGGCUCACGUUCCCCCUUGUCGCUGCAUCGCUUGCUGCAUUUAAUUUGGAACCAUGCGAAACACUUGGCCGGCUAUGAGCAGCAGGAUGCGCAUGAGUUUUUCAUAGCCACGCUCGAUGUGCUGCAUCGACAUUGUGUGAAGGCCAAGUCGGAGCAUGAGAGCAAGAGCAACAGCUCGAGCGCAACGGGCGGCAAUUCCAGCUCAAGUGCCAAUGCAACAGCCACGCAUUGCUAUGGCCAGUGCAACUGCAUCAUCGAUCAAAUAUUUACGGGUAUGCUGCAGAGCGAUGUCGUCUGCCAGGCAUGCAACGGCGUUUCGACCACAUUCGAUCCCUUCUGGGACAUCUCACUGGAUCUCGGCGAGACGACAACGCAUGGCGGCGUCACGCCGAAAACGCUGAUCGAUUGCCUGGAGCGUUAUACGCGGGCCGAGCACCUCGGCUCGGCGGCCAAAAUCAAAUGCUCCACCUGCAAGUCGUAUCAGGAGUCCACCAAACAAUUUAGCCUGCGCACUUUGCCCAGCGUCGUGUCGUUCCAUCUGAAGCGCUUCGAGCAUUCAGCGUUGAUCGAUCGCAAAAUCUCGUCGUUCAUUCAGUUUCCCGUCGAAUUCGAUAUGACGCCCUUUAUGUCCGAAAAGAACAAUGCCUAUGGCGACUUUCGGUUCUCGCUGUAUGCCGUUGUCAAUCAUGUGGGCACCAUCGAUACCGGCCACUACACGGCCUACGUGCGACAUCAGAAGGAUACGUGGGUCAAGUGCGAUGAUCAUGUGAUAACAAUGGCAUCGCUCAAGCAGGUGCUCGACAGCGAGGGUUAUUUAUUAUUCUAUCAUAAGAAUGUUUUGGAGUAUGAGUGAGCCAUGGACAAGGACACAAAUUCAGCGCAUCCAUAGAGACUGUUUCCCCCCUCACAAAUCACUCACUCACACACACACACAAAGGCACUCUGGGUGCCAGUGCAUGUAGCAUACACACAUACAACUACGACUACAACUACAAAUACAAAUACAAAAUGCAGACAAGAACGCGGCAGCGCUUAAACAACAAAUCUUAAUCUUAAUUAAUGAAAAAUACAUAUUGUUCUAAGUAUUUCCAGCACAUAAUGCUAAAAACUAAACGAAUGCUAAACUACAAAUUGCUUAUGUAUGUAAAACAAUGGAAACAAAAAAAAAAGAAAAAAGAAAACAAACAAAAAAUUAAUGCAUAGCAACCAAAAUGCGACGCAAGAAAGAAACAAAACGAAAUAUCACAAUUUUUGCUCUUAGUCACGAAAUUUCCAACAAUU